AUGAGCGCUGCGAGCCUGGCACAUGCGAUUGUGUCGCAGGCAGAUUCACGAGCAGAGGAGAUGCAGAAGCACAUUGCAACUGAAUUCGCUGACUAUUACGUCGAGGUAACAAAAUGUGGCGAUCAGGGCGCCUGGGUUAUCGCGCAGUCGAACAUGAUCGUUCAGAAGGGCGCGCAAUUCGAAGUAAGAGACAAGCAUCAGCUAUGUGGCGAACUUCGUCAGGUAGGGACACCCCACAUCUUUUACUCAUUUGCACAGAUUCUCAACUUCAUGAUCUUCAAUGGCUAUGAAUGCUUCAGCAACCCUCUUGAUUUUCAUUCUGCUGAAAGCAUUCUGAUGAGAAUUCGAGUUCCGCGCGCCUUCUUGCAGGCCAAUCCGACUGCGUUAUCCUGA